UCUCUCUCUCUCUCUCUCUCUCUCUCUCUCUCUCUCUCUCUCUCUCCUCCCUGUUGCUAUGGAAACAGGACCGGUCCAGGUGGAGCCUCUGACUGGCGUCUUGUCGGUCACGUGGGCUCUGUGGAUGAGGAGCAGUGGAGAAAGUAGUGCAUCUAUUCACAUUAACAGCGACUUUGUAAUAACAACCUGCACAGUCGUCAUUUCUCCUCGAUGGAACAGAAAAAGAAAAACUGACAGCGACGUUUUUUCCCUCCCGGUACCGUGGGGCAAGGUGGUUCAAAGGAAAAAAAAAUCAGCGUUAAGUCGAAAUGGAAACAAAUCUUUAGGGAACAGAAGGGAUGUUUGUGGACGCUCUCUGAAGGAAAAUUAUCCCGACGCUGAGGUGUCAGUUUUGGUUUUCCCAGGAAGAUCCGUGCUAUUCCAGAAUGGCUCGCUUUGAAGACGAACUGUCUAGCCGCUAUAGUGGCAGCUGUCCCGUGGGCCCGACCAGAGGAGCCAGCCGGCAGCCGGGGCCUGCGGGGGUCCAAAGGAUGUACAAGCAGACGAUGGCCCAGAGAGCCAGGACCAUGGCCAUUUACAACCCCAUUCCAGUCAAACAGAACUGCCUCACCGUCAACCGCUCUCUGUUCAUCUUCAGUGAGGAUAAUAUCAUACGAAAAUAUGCCAAAAAGAUCACCGAAUGGCCUCCAUUUGAAUACAUGAUCCUGGCCACCAUUAUAGCAAACUGCAUUGUGCUGGCCUUGGAGCAACACCUACCAGCCUUAGACAAGACACCAAUGUCAGAGCGUUUGGAUGACACAGAGCCCUACUUUAUUGGAAUAUUUUGUUUUGAGGCUGGCAUCAAGAUCAUUGCCCUGGGCUUUGCCUUCCACAAAGGCUCCUACCUGCGUAAUGGCUGGAAUGUAAUGGACUUUGUGGUGGUCCUAACAGGGAUCCUGGCCACCGUGGGGGCUGACUUUGAUCUAAGAACACUAAGAGCAGUGAGAGUUCUACGGCCACUCAAACUCGUCUCUGGCAUUCCAAGUCUUCAGGUGGUAUUGAAGUCCAUAAUGAAAGCCAUGGUACCCCUACUGCAGAUUGGCUUGCUGCUCUUCUUUGCCAUCCUAAUGUUCGCCAUCAUUGGCCUCGACUUCUACAUGGGCAAGUUUCAUCGCACCUGUUUCAGAAUAGACACAGACGAGCAAGCAGCAGAUUUCCCCUGUGGCCUGGAGGCUCCAGCAAGAACCUGUGCCAAUGGUACCGCCUGCAGGGAGUACUGGACCGGACCUAACUUUGGCAUCACCAACUUUGACAAUAUCCUCUUCGCUGUUCUCACCGUUUUCCAGUGCAUCACCAUGGAGGGAUGGGUGGACAUUCUCUACAAUGCCAACGAUGCCUCAGGGAACACGUGGAACUGGCUAUACUUCAUCCCCCUCAUAAUCAUCGGUUCCUUCUUCAUGCUCAACUUGGUGCUAGGUGUGCUGUCAGGGGAGUUUGCCAAAGAGAGAGAGCGGGUGGAGAAGAGGCAAGAAUUCCUAAAGCUCCGCAGACAACAGCAAAUAGAGAGAGAGUUAACUGGGUACCUGGAGUGGAUCUGCAAAGCAGAGGAGGUGAUGCUGGCUGAGGAAGACAAGAACGCAGAGGAGAAAUCUCUGGAUGGAGCAUGGUAUAAAAGGAAACACAGCAACUCUGUGCUAAAGAGGACCAAGAAGAGUAAAAAUGACCUCAUCAAUGCAGAGGAGGGCGAGGACCACUUCACUGACAUCUCAUCUGUUGGGUCACCGUUCACCCGGGCCAGCUUAAAGAGCAAGAACGAGAGCUCGUCUUACUUCAGGAGGAAAGAGAAGAGGAUUCGCUUCACCAUCCGCCGUUUGGUCAAAUCCCAGAGCUUCUACUGGACUGUGUUGUGUCUGGUUGGCCUCAACACGUUGUGUGUAGCCAUAGUACACUAUGACCAGCCCGAAUGGCUCACCUAUGCACUAUACUUGGCAGAGUUUGUAUUCCUGGGCCUGUUUCUGGCAGAGAUGUCCAUGAAAAUGUAUGGCCUUGGACCCCAGAACUACUUCCACUCCUCAUUCAACUGUUUCGAUUUUGGGGUUAUUAUUGGCAGUAUUUUUGAGGUGAUCUGGGCUGCCAUCAAACCCGGGGCCUCAUUUGGGAUUAGUGUCCUGCGGGCUCUUAGACUGCUCAGGAUCUUCAAAGUCACCAAGUACUGGAACUCUUUGAGGAACCUGGUUGUAUCCCUUCUCAAUUCCAUGAAGUCUAUCAUCAGCCUCUUGUUCCUCCUCUUCCUCUUCAUCGUGGUUUUCGCUCUGCUGGGCAUGCAGCUAUUUGGUGGCCAGUUUAAUUUUGAAGAUGAAACACCAACAACCAACUUUGACACAUUCCCCGCAGCGAUCCUCACUGUCUUUCAGAUCCUAACUGGGGAGGACUGGAAUGCCGUCAUGUACCAUGGGAUUGAAUCACAGGGGGGCGUGCACGGGGGAAUGUUCUCCUCCAUUUAUUUCAUCGUUCUCACUCUCUUUGGAAACUACACCCUCCUCAACGUUUUCUUGGCCAUUGCUGUUGAUAACCUUGCAAAUGCCCAGGAGCUCACUAAGGAUGAAGAGGAGCAAGAGGAGGCCAUCAAUAAGAAGCUUGCGCUCCAGAAGGCCAAGGAGGUAAAGGAGGUCAGCCCCAUGUCAGCCGCUAACAUUUCCAUCACAGCUUUUCUAACACGCAGUCGAGGUAACGCGCACUCUAGCAACUCAUCCAUCUGCAGCGUUAACUCACUGAGUUAUGUCUGCACCCCAGUUCAUCACUACUUGAGUAAGGAGCAGCAAAAGUCAAUGAAGACAAUGUCGGUGUGGGAGCAGAGGGCCAAUCAGCUGAGGAGGCAGAACCAGGCGAGCUGCGAGGCCCUCUACAGUGAGCUGGAGCUUGAGGAGCAUCUCCGCCUGUCCUCGGCUCUCCACAUCCGGCCAGACAUGAAAACCCACCUUGACCGGCCGCUUGUUGUUGAGCCUCAUGACGGGCCUUUUUUGGCCAGCCACCAGCAUCACCAUCAUAAGCCCUGUAUGCCAGAGGAGGCAGAUACUGCCGACGACCCUCCCCCUCCUGUGCCUCACCAUCCUCGCCGCCACCACCGCCAUAGAGAUAGGGAUCGGGCCAGAACGAGAGAGGAGAUGAAUGAUAACGGUGGCACUAGUAAGGGCGAAGGCCACCAUGUCCACCAUAGCAGCUCCAAAGACCACAAUGGCAGCCGGGGCAAAGAUGGGAGGUGUGAGAGGUCCCACAGCCGAGAAGGAGGCAGGAGACAUCACCAUCAGAGCUCAAUGGAUGACAGCGGAGGUGGAGGAGUCAUGUGUGAGAGAGAGCAUCGGCAUCAUCAUUCACACCGGCAGUCUCGAGGGGGCAUUGGGACUGUGAACAGUGGAGGGAGGGGAGCACGAAGAUACUGCCACAAAGAUGGACGUUCAUCUAACAGGGAUGGGGAAAGGAAUCCCAGAGGAGACACUGGGGCCAAUGGAGAGAGGAGGAGACAACGGACUCAUGGAUCCAGGGACCAAGCCACAGUUAAAGGAGAGGAGUCCAAUGAGAGAGAGAAGACCCACAGCCAUGGGGACAGGUUUUGUGACCCAGGGGGGGAUUCCCUUGCCAUCUCCCCCCUGCAGGGCUCUGGGGGGAGCAUCUGGCCUCCUGACCAACCAGAGGACUCAGACAACCAGAGGAAUGUCAGAAGAACAGGCCAAACCUCCAUCCAAAUUCCUCCUGUGACUAUCACCUCCCCACCUGGAGAGACCACCCUCAUACAAAUGAACAGCAUAGACUGUGAGACAAUGCCAAUGAAUGAGAAGAGCCUUGGGGAUCUUGGUCAAAGUGGUCCCAAACCCAUCCUGCCUUACAGUUCCAUGUUCAUCUUUGGACAGACCAAUCCGGUGAGGCGGUUAUGUCACUAUAUUGUGACUCUGCGAUACUUUGAGAUGUCCAUCCUGGUUGUCAUUGCUAUGAGCAGUAUUGCCUUAGCAGCAGAGGAUCCUGUCUGGACGAACGCCCCUCGCAACAAUGUGCUCAAAUAUCUAGACUAUGCCUUCACUGGUGUUUUCACUUUUGAAAUGGUGAUUAAGAUGGUGGACCUUGGCCUGUUGCUCCAUCCUGGAUCCUACUUCAGAGACCUGUGGAACAUUCUGGACUUCAUAGUGGUCAGUGGGGCACUGGUGGCUUUUGCGUUUUCGAGCUUCAUGGGUAGAUCGCAACAAGGUGUGACCAGGGGGACCAAAGGCAAAGACAUCAGCACUAUCAAGUCACUGAGAGUUCUGCGAGUGCUCAGGCCUCUCAAGACCAUCAAACGUCUGCCAAAACUCAAGGCGGUGUUCGACUGUGUGGUCAAUUCUUUGAAGAACGUGCUGAACAUCCUAAUUGUUUACAUCCUUUUCAUGUUCAUCUUUGCUGUAAUCGCAGUUCAGCUUUUCAAGGGGAAAUUCUUCUAUUGCACCGACGAGUCCAAGGGCCUGGAGAAGGACUGCAAAGGACAGUUUCUAGACUAUGAUAAAGACGAGGUGGCUGCCAUGCCCAGAGAAUGGAAGAAAUAUGAGUUUCAUUAUGACAAUGUGCUGUGGGCCUUCUUGACCCUCUUCACUGUCUCCACUGGGGAGGGCUGGCCAACUGUCUUGAAGCACUCUGUGGAUGCUACUUUUGAAGACACAGGUCCCAGUCCAGGCUACCGGAUAGAAAUGUCCAUCUUCUAUGUGGUUUACUUUGUGGUCUUCCCUUUCUUUUUUGUCAACAUCUUUGUUGCUCUGAUCAUCAUCACCUUCCAGGAGCAGGGAGACAAGGCCUUGUCUGAAUGCAGCUUAGAAAAGAAUGAGCGGGCUUGUAUUGACUUUGCCAUAAACGCCAAACCUCUGACACGCUACAUGCCCGAGAACACGCACUCCUUCCAGUACAGGAUGUGGAAGUUUGUGGUCUCAGCUCCGUUUGAGUACUCCAUCAUGAUCAUGAUCGCUCUUAAUACUGUGGUACUCAUGAUGAAGUUCCACGGAGCGCCAGACUUUUAUGAAGCGAUGCUGAAGAACCUCAACAUAGUCUUCACCACUCUCUUUUCUCUGGAGUGUAUCCUCAAGAUCAUUGCUUUUGGUCCAUUGAACUACUUAAAGGAUGCCUGGAACGUGUUUGACUUUGUCACAGUGUUGGGCAGCAUCACUGACAUCCUAGUGACCGAAAUCAAUACUACGGACAGGCUGCUGAACCUGAGCUUCCUGAGGCUGUUCAGAGCCGCUCGGCUCAUCAAGCUGUUAAGACAGGGCUACACCAUCCGCAUCCUGCUGUGGACCUUCGUCCAGUCCUUCAAGGCCCUGCCUUAUGUUUGCCUACUGAUUGCUAUGCUGUUCUUCAUUUAUGCAAUUAUUGGGAUGCAGGUGUUUGGCAACAUUGAGCUGAAUGAGGACACAGCGAUCAAUCACCACAACAACUUUCGUACUUUUCUCCAAGCUCUUAUGCUGCUUUUCAGGAGUGCAACUGGCGAGGCCUGGCAUGAGAUCAUGUUAUCGUGUUUGAGUCAUCGAGCCUGUGACGAGCGAUCAGGGUCCCAUGGGAAAGAAUGCGGCAGUGACUUCGCCUACUUCUACUUUGUCUCCUUUAUCUUCCUCUGCUCCUUCCUGAUGCUGAACCUGUUCGUAGCAGUCAUAAUGGAUAACUUUGAGUACCUGACCAGAGACUCCUCCAUCCUGGGGCCUCAUCACCUCGAUGAGUUCAUCCGGGUUUGGGCCGAGUACGACCCAGCUGCAUGUGGCCGUAUCAAGUACCUCGAUAUGUAUCAGAUGCUGCUCCACAUGUCCCCACCCUUAGGUUUGGGAAAGAAAUGUCCGCCAAGAGUCGCCCACAAGACUAGACGUCACUACAUGUAUAGCCGAACUGAAAGCUCUCUGACUGAUCCCCGCCACCGCUGCCACGGUGUGCUGGAAAGACCCGGUGGCAAAGAAGGCAUGGUAGCCCAGCGGCUGUGUGAUGCUGAGUUAAAGAAGGAGUUGUCUACAGUGUGGCCCAGCCUCUCUCAAAAGACCAUGGAUCUAUUGGUGACACCACAUAAGCCUAAUGAACUGACAGUAGGGAAGGUUUAUGCAGCCCUGAUGAUCUUCGACUACUAUAAGCAGAAUCGAGCAAGAAGGCUGCAGCAGCAGCAGCAACAGAGCAUGUCAGGCUCCCAGUGCAAGGUCGGGGCUCUGUUUAAGCCAUUGCUGCCUCUGACUCACAUGCAGGAGAAAGAUCUGCCUAUGAUGUUAAACAGUGUGGAGCCUCCCAGCAUGCUUCAGCCACAGCCCAAAUCCCAUGCCAGGUCCCAGCCACAGACCAGACCUAGCUCCAACUCCCUCAACAAUGGAGGCACGCUGUCAGGACAUGACCACAACAUCAGAGCAUCAUCCUCAUGUGUGGUGGAGAAACCCAAGGAAGUGCCCCGAGCUAAAACUAAGAGAACCAUGUCCAGGGGCCCAUCAGAGGACACCACGGACACUGCCGUCAUUCAGGAGUCAGUGGAGAUGAGGAAAAUGAAGACCAGUGCCACUAGUGUAAUUCCAGUACCUGGCUCAGGUCUUGAGAACCAGGGCAAAGCUGCUUCUAUGCCGCGACUCAAUGCUGAGCUGCAGCGGAGCCGCUCACGCCACUCUCCAGGGAUCCAUCUAGCUUCUGUCCCUGAUGCCAGCCCUAUGAAGCGCUCAGCCUCCACUGUUACCCCACAGCGCCCCCAGGAGGUCAACCUUAGGGACUACACCCUAGACAAACCCAGCCAGGACCGACCCCACCACCAUCACCACCACCACCGCUGCCACCAUCGUAGAGACAGGGAUAAAGAUAAAGACAGAGACAGAGAUAGAGAGAAGAGGCAGAGAUCUUUGGAUACACCUCUGGGUGAACAACCACACAGCUCUUCUGGUGCACCAGGAGAGCCAGAGUCUGACCUAGCUGCCUCCAGAGAGCGAGCCCACGACCGUGGACGCUCCCACUACAGGAAACACCACUCAUCUGUGGACAAGCAGCGCUACUACUCCUGUGACCGCUACUGCAGCCGGGAACACUGCCACACCAAACCUGCCACCACCAGCUGUGUUGCCUCCCCCAGCGAGGGGCAGGAAAGCAGCAACAAGCAGGGCAGUGGUUGGGUUAAAGGCAGCCCAGUGGCACUGAGCUCCAGUUCGAGCACGCCAAGCCACGGACGUCGGCAGCUCCCCCAGACCCCCCUCACCCCACGGCCCGGGGUAGCCUACAAGACUGCCAAUUCAUCCCCUUUGCACUUCAUUUCCAGCCAGGCCUCUCUAAGUCCUGGCCGGCUGAGCCGUGGCCUGUCGGAGCACAACGGCCUCCAGCACAGUGGCUCCCACCACCUUCCCUGCCCCGUCACUCGUAUCAGUUCCGAGCCCUUCCUGGGCCAGAGCCACAGCGAGGCCCUGGGCAGCCUGUAUGGCAGCCUCACGGACCAGCUGGACAUCUAUCAGGAUGCGACAUCACUGUCGCCCAGUGCCCGUGCCGGACGCUUAUCUCGGACCGCACUGCCUCGCAUGAUGGGAGCCCUGCUUCCUGCUCCGCAGCAGAACCUUGUGGUGCCCAACGGGUACCACUUCAGCUCUGGGGGCAGCACCAGCCUAGGCUCUGGCAUCAGGGCACCCAGGUAUUACCAGGAGGCAGAGGAGGAUGAAUGGUGCUAG